AGUACAUUAGCGUCUGCCUAACCGGAAAAAGCGUGCAGUCAAAAUGGCUGCGCCCGUAAAUUCUGUUGGCAAACGGCAACAUGCAAGAGCUAAAAGACCUGUCUCUGAUGCGUCAGCUGAAAAUGUUUCGCGGAAGAAACCAAGAGUUAAUAGCUUUGACCAUAUUGAGUUCAAAAGUUAUCUAAAAGAACCACAAAUGGCGAGUUUAGGAUUUGAAAAGUUUGUGGAGGCAGCAGCUAGUCAUACAGAUGGUGGCGGUGAAGAUAUUGUCUUGAAAUUCCUUCAUUCAUCACCAGAAUGUUCGGAGAUAUUUCAUGUACUGGAGGUACAACAAAAGAAAGUACAUGAGCUUCAGUUAAUCUUCAAGUGUUUAGAGACAAUUUUGUUGAGGAUUGCUGAUGAUCUUGGACAGUUUUAUAAAAGUGGGCAAAAUAUUGUGAAGAAACUCCUGGCUGGUCAUGUACUAUCCAUCUUUAAUACACUCAACAUAAAGAACAAAUCAAACCAGAUAAAAACUUCACUAAAGUUAUUUAUUGCCAUGGUAAUGUUAGGAGGGCCAACUACAAAACUUGUGUUGAACAAUGUUGAUUUAUCUCACAAAGCAAUGGUACCAUUGCUACAGAGGAGGGAUGUGAAGGAUGAAGAAGACGUACGGACAUGUUUUAUACAUCUCAUUGUGGCAUGUUUAUUGGCAGGAGAUAAUGACGCCAUAAAGAAACUUGUACAAACUAAAGGUACUGUUCCAGCCGGACCAGCGUCUUUGGAUUCUUUGUGUGAGAAAGCUAUCCAGCCAGUUCAUGGAAUGCCGAUGGUUCUGCUCAGGUUCCUGUUUGUGCCUGAAAUAAUGCACGGAAGGGUGAUCAAUGAAUACAGCAAUCAGCAAGACACACAAAGGUUCACCAUGUUUUCUGAGAAAAGUUUGAAAGAACUGGGUCGCUCUAUAACUGGCAUAGGCUCGGCAAGUGGAAAACAAAACUCUGAAACAGAAAGGAAAACACCUAUACUCCCAUAUAUGGAAACUGAUGAUAUGAGAGAAGACAAGGUUAUUGUGGCUGAACUUGUACAUAAAUUUCUAACUGAAGUGUGUACAUCCUUCAAGCAUGGUAUAAUAUUCCAUGAUAAAUCAUAUGGUCAGUCCGCAAGAACCAAUCCAUUUGAUGAACUAGAUUUUAGGAAUUUGUGUGGCAACCUGUCUAAUGAUUGUUGUGAAGGAACUUGUAUAGUAUUGAAGUACCUUCUCUUACAAGCUACAUCUAAAAUAUACAGCAGUGUUAGAAGUAACAUUCCUAUAUUGCAUAUGAAAGAGAAAAAGAAUGUUGGAAAUAUGGUACAUAUUCUGAUGAUGUAUACAAUGCCUACAUCUCAGAUCCUUAAAACAAUUCUGCCAGGUGUAAAGGAUAAAAGUUUGGUUGUAAACCAUGUGACAUUAGGUCUGGUUAAACAGAUGGCUGAUACAGCACGACAUGUGCUCAAACUGAUCCAGAACUUGCCUUCAUAUACACCACAUGAAAACCUGGCAAUACACACCACAUAUAAAGCAUUAGUAAUCAAAAAUUUGCCAGAUGUGAUGGACAUAUUGAAUUGUUUAGAUAGAAUUAUGCAGACCACAUCCCAAGUUGACAUUGACAAAGUACAAGAGUUUUGUGGUAUAGGAUUGUGUGAAGUAAUGAUCCAGCUAGAACAGAUAUUAUGUUUAUAUCAAGAUUUCCAGCCUACUUUGCUUGCUGAACAUCCCACCAUUCUAGGCAAGCUGAUUGAAGGCAUUAUGGAGAAGGAGUGGCGCUCUGUUACAUCCAGUUCCUAUCAUUUGAUGAAAGUUCAUCUUCUCAAACUGAUGGCAGGAACUGAGUCAAGAAGACUGCCAUGGGCUAAACAGAAUGCAUCAGGCCAGAGUCUUCUUCAUCAGUUGCUGGCAAUGUUGACUCAGCUAUCUUCUAACAGAGAACUUGCAGACAUGACAUUACAGCUUGUUUGUAAGUUAUUGGAGAGUACAGACCAGUUUGAGAAUCAUCACAAUGAUCUACUUGUUUGGCUCAAUGCUCUAUUACACUCACAAACAGAUGUGCUAGACUUUGUUUCCAAGGUGAUGAUAACCUAUAUUCACAAUCCAUAUCCCUACAUGGAUAGAAUGUGUGACCUCCAGUUGACCUCGGAUUUAAACAUGGCCUCAACUUCAGAGGAAAAGCAGCCAUUUGAUAGUGAAGUUUUCGCACAAAAAAAAUUUCCAUUUUGUCCAAUGUUGAUUGUUGGGCUAGAUGUACUUGAGAAAUCGGAAACUAUACCAAAAGAACUUCAGGAGUACAUAUCUCGAGUUUUAUUGGGGACAUUUCAUCAACAAACUUGUCCUGUAGCACUUUGUACUCUUCUGGCUAAAUACAGAGACAGUUUGUUUCUGCCUGGCUUGUUAGACUAUAUUCUCACCUGGAUAAAGGGUGAUGAGAAAACAACAGACAUUUUACCGACCAAGUCGAUGUAUCAGAACUUCUUGUCCAAAAAUCCAGAUUUCCUCACAGGCGAGUCCAGCCCAAUGUUUACAAUACAGCAAGACUUAUUACAUCUUACAUAUAUCAUUAAACAUUCUCAAAAGUUUGAAAUUAAAGUCAAGGCUAGUCCAUUAUUUAAAUAA